AAAAAUGAGCGAAUUCCCCUUCUGAGUUUUUGAUACGCUCAUUUUAACUCCUUAUGGUAAAUCCGUAUACCGAGUAUUUGACUACUUUUUAUUGUUGCUACCAGACAGAAUCGUGAGCUUAAGCAUGUCUCCAAGAGUUUAUUGAAUGAAGAAGUUGCAGCAACUCAUGCUGCUUGUAAGCUUGACAACGCAGCAAGUCAUGAACUUGACUAAUUUUGACACUUUUGACGUUUAUACAUAACCUAACUUCCAUUAUUUUAGAAUUACAAAUAAAUUGUUGAGUAAUAAUUUAAAAAAAUAGUUAUGUGAUAAAAUUACUGAAAUAAAGAAAUGAACAUGAGGUUAUCAUCUGUGAUGCGCCUAAUCAAUAAUCAAAGUGUAGAUGCCUUGAGAAAAUCAAUAAAAUUGGCUGUAGCUGAAGCGCCUAUCUACCUGAAUACAGUGAAAGAGGAAAAGAAGAAAAUUGUUUAUGACAAAUUAGUAAACUUGAAUAAGUGGUAUACAAAGAUUAUAGGCUUAGAUGAGGUAAAAUUGUCACAAGAUAAAGUUACAGCUUUGCAGGUAGGAACAACUUUUGACGACGCAAGACAAGCGCAGAGAUAUAGGGAAACAACUAGCUGAGGUCCGAAAGCAGUCCUUGGAAUUGCAAGAUGCAAUACAAAGGGUGAAACGCACAGAUGAUAAGUUUCUGGAACUUAUGAGGCAAGAAACAGAGGUGCUGAAGCUAGAAAAGUCAAUCGCAUCCACAUUCCAAGACUAUGACCAAAUGGAAAGAGAACUCUUCACAGCUUUUACCAAUGCGAUUAGGGACUCUCACGAAAAACAGAGGGCACAACUAGAAUAUACAAAGUACUUUGGCCUUGUGUUGAGCAUAGCCGGGUCGUUCUUAGCAUUUGUCUACUCAACAGCAAAAAGCAUGACUUAAAAGCAUUUAUAGAAGAAAAGUUAGCCACUCUAAACAUAGAUACUGAACCGAUUGUAUCAAAUCUUGUACAAGCGAAUGAUAGAACCUUACACGAGGUUAUGAGGAACAGAGAGAAGUUGAAUGAAGUUGUGACCUAUUUAAACCAUCAGAAUGGAGUUAAAAUUAAUGGAAGUCCGCAAGUUCAGUUGCAGCCUCAAGCUGACCAGCAGAUCCACCAAAUUGGAGAUUUUAGAAUUGAUGUUGCUAAAGUUUUUAUUGGCAUGAUUAGCACUUAUUUGGUUUUUAAGAUUCUGAGUACCUUCUAAGCCUUAUUCAGAACAAUCCCAGUUUAGAAUGAAACUUAUUUAUCAUUCAAGCAUUUAAGUAUAUAGUGAUACAUAGUGCAUUUAAAAGUCUACAGGUCGGAACAUCAAGAACUGCGAUUGAAUGCUUAGUGAAAAAGUUCAGUUACGAAAAUUUGGAGUCAGUGUGGAAUAUUAUAAAAAUAAUUUCAUUUCCGGUUAUAUCGGAAGUGCCAUUAUCAGUGGACGAACUUGCUUUUUUUGGAUGGGAAGCCCUAUACUUCAUUCAUUUAUGGAUUCCGCGCAAAAGUCUAAGCAUGUUUAAUGUAUAACUUCUUAUAUCUAAGAAUAAUCGUUUUCAAAUUUUUUUCGAAAAGCCUCAAGGUUCAACUUUCCGAAAUGGAAACCACAUUUUUAUAUCAUCUUAUUAAGAAGUGAAAAUAAGAAUAAUGUCGUACAGGCCUGUCGACUUCAAAAAUCAGUACUUUUCGAGAUAUUUAAAAAUAUGUGUGCAUUAUGUGAUUUUUAUGCUCCUUCAACCUUUCUCUGGAAAGGUAAUUUCUAAAUACCUCGGAAAUUACUCACUUGGAAAGUAGGUAGCCUGGCAUAAAAUUAUCCUUAUUUUCAAUGCUAAAUGCCAUGGAAUAAUAAAAAAUUUAGAUUUGGAUUUUUUUUAAUCUAAUUUUUUACUAAAGUGUGGACCUAUAUUUGCUCCUAUUAUAAGGCAAAAAAAAACACUAAAAUCUUUAAUAUUCAAUUAUUGUAAUGUAUAAUAUCUAUUGGCCUGUGUACGUAAAGAUUAGGAUACCAAAAGACGGUUACACUUAGGAAUAUGAUGUUAUACAUAUAUAGGGUGUUCUAUUGAAAAUAAACAAGUUGGUAUCUAUUUCGAUAGAUCCGAAACUGGAAUCAUUUUUUAAAUAUUUUAGCCAAAUUGCUCCUAUCAACUACAUGGAAACCCUAAAUUUUUAUAAUUAUCUGACUUCCACUUUUCGAGUAAUUGAUCGCAGUAGGUCGUAGUGGGGCACUCUGUAUAGUAAUUUUCCAUAUAGCAGAAGUAGGUACGCCAAAUCUAGUAUUUUUCUGUUAUGCUGUACCAGUUGGGCUAUAUUUUUUAUUGUUUUAUUAUACCAUUAACUUGUUUAUUAUUUCAUUAUACGAAUACAGGAUAAACCUAGUCCGACCUUCAUUUUAUUUAGCCAUGAAAUAACUAUACCGUUAUGUCUCUUACGCGGCAGGAGACAGUAGUAUCACGAGAGAACUACACCCGACCGAAAUAAUAGAGUCUGUCUCUGGUGUUUCCUAACAACUCUG